UUGAACAUAAGUCAGAAGACUUUCAUACAGUUCAGAUGUUUUCCUUUUUCAUAGAGAUGGCUGCUUUUCAGGCAUCUAUAACUGUGUUUUUGCUUGAAGAAAAUGAAAGAUAUUGAAGCAAGAUGUUGAGUAUGAAGUAACGGAUGAAGAUAGAAUAGAAACCUACUGAAAAGUGAGGAGAUCCAAAACAAAAUGUCUGAGGAAGACGAUGGGAUCUUAUCAGGUGGGAACUCACGUUGGCACCAACCCUCGAACUCUUCUUCAGUGAGUUUGAAAAGUGACAGAUCCAAGGAUGAACCUUUACGCUUUGACAGUGAAGAUCAAAGCUCACGUUGGCACCAACCCUCGAACUCUUCUUCAGUGAGUUUGGAAAGUGACAGAUCCAAGGAUGAAUCUUCAAACUUUGACAGUGAAGAUCAAAGCUCACGUUGGCACCAACCCUCGAACUCUUCUUCAGUGAGUUUGAAAAGUGACAGAUCCAAGGAUGAAUCUUCAAACUUUGACAGUGAAGAUCAAAGCUCACCUCAGCACCAAACUCUAAUCUAUUCUUCAGUGAGUUUGAAAAGUGACGGAUCCAAGGAUGAACCUUUAAGCUCUGAUAGUCAAGGUCAAAGCUCACGUUGGCACCAACCCUCGAACUCUUCUUCAGUGAGUUUGGAAAGUGACAGAUCCAAGGAUGAAUCUUCAAACUUUGACAGUGAAGAUCAAAGCUCACGUUGGCACCAACCCUCGAACUCUUCUUCAGUGAGUUUGAAAAGUGACAGAUCCGAGGAUGAAUCUUCAAACUUUGACAGUGAAGAUCAAAGUGUUUCUAAUGACAACCAACCUGAAACAUCUGGACCAGGUGACACAGGUGAAAAUACCAAAGGAUCAUUUUCAACGAUAGGAGAUGACAAGGAAGAAAGACACCUGAAGGAAGAAAUUACUAAGAAGGUGGAUCGACAUAAAAAUGACCCAAAACUCUCUCAGAUAGUAACGUUUGAAAGUGGGGAAAAGAAACCAGUCUUGCUCAAAGAUUUAUUUACUAAUAAAUCUUGGUUUGCAAAAAUUCCUGGUCUGUCCAAAUAUGUGCGAACUGUACUAAUGGAAGGAGUCCCUGGUGUUGGUAAAACUUUCCAAACAACAAUGUUCAUGAACGACUGGGCAAAAGGAAACUCCAACAAAGACAUAAAGGCUUUAGUGACCCUUGAUUUCACUGAGUUGAAUAAAAAGAAGGAUGAAGUAAAAAGCAUGGAAUCUCUGUUGGAUGAUUUCUUCAAUAAAAAAAAUGUUAACGUUUCCAAAGUUGACAUGAAAAAAAUAUGUUUUAUUCUUGAUGGUCUGGAAAAAUGUGAACUUCCUCUUGACUUUGUAAACAACAAAAAAGUUAAAGACUUGAAGGGAAAAGCAUCAAUGGAUGUGCUGCUAACGAAUCUGAUCAAAGGAAAUCUGCUUCCUGAAGCUCAUAUUUGGAUAAUUUCUCAACCAAAAGGAGUUUAUAAGAUUCCUUCUAAAUAUAUCAACAAAACUGUUCUCUGUCAAGGAGAUGCCAAAGAAGAAGAAUACCUGAAGAAAGUAAUUCUUGAGGAGGUGGGUCAACAUGAAAGUGACCCACAACUCUCUGAGAUAGUGAUGUUUGAAAGUGGGGGAAAGAAACCAGUCUCGCCCAAAGAUUUAUUUACCAACAAUAAAUCUCUGAAUUCUGGACUUUCUGAUAAGUCCAAAAAUGUGCGAACUGUACUGAUGAAAGGAGUCCCUGGUGUUGGAAAAACAUUCCAAACAAAAAUGUUCAUGAUCGACUGGGCAAAAGGAAACUCCAACAAAGACAUAAAGGCUUUAGUGACCCUUGAUUUCACUGAGUUGAAAACAAAGAAGGAUGAAGUAAAAAGCAUGGAAUCUCUGCUGGAUGAUUUCUUCAACAAAAAAAAUGUUAUCGUUUCCGAAGAUGACAAGAAAAAGAUAUGUUUCAUUCUCGAUGGUCUGGAAAAAUGCAAACUUCCUCUUGACUUUGGAAAGAACAAAGAAGUGAAAGACUUGAAGGAAGCAGCAUCAAUGGAUGUGCUGCUAACGAAUCUGAUCAAAGGAAAGCUGCUUCCUGAAGCUCAUAUUUGGAUAAUUUCUCAACCAAAAGGAGUUGAUAAGAUUCCUUCUGAAUGUAUCAACAAAACUGUUCUCUGUCAAGGAGAUGCCGAGGAAGAAGAAUACCUGAAGAAAGUAAUUCUUGAGGAGGUGGGUCAACAUGAAAGUGACCCAAAACUCUCUGAGAUAGUGACGUUUGAAAGUGGGGAAAAGAAACCAGUCUCGCUCAAAGAUUUAUUUACCAACAAUAAAUCUCUGAAUUCUGGACUUUCUGAUAAGUCCAAAAAUGUGCGAACUGUACUGAUGAAAGGAGUCCCUGGUGUUGGAAAAACAUUCCAAACAACAAUGUUCAUGAUCGACUGGGCAAAAGGAAACUCCAACAAAGACAUAAAGGCUUUAGUGACCCUUGAUUUCACUGAGUUGAAAACAAAGAAGGAUGAAGUAAAAAGCAUGGAAUCUCUGCUGGAUGAUUUCUUCAACAAAAAAAAUCUUAUUUACAAAGAUGACAAGAAAAAGAUAUGUUUCAUUAUUGAUGGACUGGAAAAAUGUGAACUUCCUCUCGACUUUGUAAACAACAAAAAAGUUAAAGACUUGAAGGGAAAAGCAUCAAUGGAUGUGCUGCUAACGAAUCUGAUCAAAGGAAAUCUGCUUCCUGAAGCUCAUAUUUGGAUAAUUUCUCAACCAAAAGGAGUUUAUAAGAUUCCUUCUAAAUAUAUCAACAAAACUGUUCUCUGUCAAGGAGAUGCCACAGAAGAAAAAUACCUGAAGAAAGUUAUUCUUGAGGAGGUGGGUCGACAUGAAAGUGACCCAAAACUCUCUGAGAUAGUGACGUUUGAAACUGGGGAAAAGAAACCAGUCUCGCCCAAAGAUUUAUUUACAGACAAUAAAUCUCUGAUUUCCAAUCUUCCUGGUCUGUCCAAAAAUGUGCGAACUGUACUGAUGAAAGGAGUCCCUGGUGUUGGUAAAACUUUCCAAACAAAAAUGUUCAAGAUCGACUGGGCAAAAGGAAACUCCAACAAAGACAUAAAGGCUUUAGUGGACCUUGAUUUCACUGAGCUGAAAAGAAAGAAGGAUGAAGUAAAAAGCAUGGAAUCUCUGCUUGAUGAUUUCUUCAACAAAAAAAAUUUUGUUUACAAAGAUGACAAGAAAAAGAUAUGUUUCAUUCUUGAUUGUCUGGAAAAAUGCAAACUUCCUCUUGACUUUGUAAAGAACAAAGAAGUGAAAGACUUGAAGGAAGCAGCAUCAAUGGAUGUGCUGCUAACGAAUCUGAUCAAAGGAAAUCUGCUUCCUGAAGCUCAUAUUUGGAUAAUUUCUCAACCAAAAGGACUUGAUAAGAUUCCUUCUAAAUAUAUCAACAAAACUGUUCUCUGUCAAGGAGAUGCCACAGAAGAAAAAUACCUGAAGAAAGUAAUUCUUGAGGAGGUGGGUCGACAUGAAAGUGACCCAAAACUCUCUGAGAUAGUGACGUUUGAAAGUGGGGAAAAGAAACCAGUCUCGCUCAAAUCCCUGUUUUCAUAUGUUCCUGGUAUGUCCAAAAAUGUGCGAACUGUACUGAUGAAAGGAGUCCCUGGAAUUGGUAAAACAUUCCAAACAAAAAUGUUCAUGAUCGACUGGGCAAAAGGAAACUCCAACAAAGACAUAAAGGCUUUAGUGACCCUUGAUUUCACUGAGUUGAAUAAAAAGAAGGAUGAAGUAAAAAGCAUGGAAUCUCUGCUGAAUGAUUUCUUCAACAAAAAGAAUUUUGUUUACAAAGAUGACAAGAAAAAGAUAUGUUUCAUUCUUGAUGGACUGGAAAAAUGUGAACUUCCCCUUGACUUUAUAAAGAACAACGAAGUUAAAGACUUGAAGGAAGCAGCAUCAAUGGAUGUGCUGCUAACGAAUCUGAUGAAAGAAAAUCUGCUUCCUGAUGCUCGUAUUUGGAUAAUUUCUCAACCAAAAGGACUUGAUAAGAUUCCUUCUGAAUAUAUCAACAAAACUGUUGUCUGUCAAGAAACCUCUGAGCAACAAAAGAAGUUAGAAUCAUGUCUGAAAAAUAGAUUUCUGAAAGAAAUCACUGACGAAAAAGAUGAAACCAGUCAUCCAAACCAGAAAACAACAGAACAUGUCAUCAGAAGAGAAAAUGGCUCUGAAGAAGAGAAAAGUAAACAGGACAACUUUAGAAAAGUGAAUCAACCUUCUGAGAUCUUCAAAGAUGUGAAAGAAGAGAAAACUAGAACAGUGCUGACCAUUGGAGAAGCUGAUAUAGGAAAAUCUUUUCACAUGAAAAAGUUUAUAAAAGAAUGGGCUAAAAAGGAUGAUACCUGGUCAUUUUUCACCUGGAUCAGAAGACCAUUUUCUAGCCAGUCAAAACCUGCAGAACUUUUGUUUCUUAUUGACUUCUCAAAACUCAACUUGAUAAAAAAUAAAAAUAUCAGUUUGUUUGAGCUUCUUAAUCGCUUCUUUGAGGAAACCAAAAAUAUCAUCAUCUCUGACUAUUCCCAGUUAAAUACUGUAUUUAUUUUGGAUGGACUCAAUGCAUACCAACAUUGUUUAGACUUUGAAAACAGUAAAACUUUGACUGAUGUCAGAGAACCAACCUCAGUCAACAUGUUACUAACAAACCUUAUCAGAGGAAACCUGCUGCCAGAGGCCCAGAUCUGGAUAACCUCUCAGCCUCCAGCUGCUGAGAAAAUCCCUGAUGGCUUUAUUGACAGACUGACAGAAAUACGAGAGAAGCCUGAUAUCACAAGUCACAGAAAACUCAAAAGUGAACUAAAAGAUCAAUUUACCAGUGUGUCUGAAGGGAUUGAUGCAGAGAAGACCUCAGCUCUUCUCAACGAGGUCUUCACUGACCUCUACAUCACAGAAGGAGAGCGUGCUCAGAAUGAAGCCAUGCAGGUUCAGGAUGCAAAGUUUAAAACCACAGAUGAAGAAACAUCUAUUAAAUACUGCGACAUCUUUAAAUCUGCAGAUAAUAAUCAAAACAUUAAGACUGUCCUUACCGUUGGAGUGGCAGGCAUAGGAAAAACAUUUGCCUCAAUGAAAUACAUGCUUGACUGGGCAGAGAGCAAAGCAACAGAAAACGUACUUGACUGGGCAGAGGGCAAAGCAACAGAAAACUUUUAUUUCAUUUUUCCACUUCCAUUCCGAGAGCUAAAUCUGAGAGCAGAUGAAGAUCACAGUUUACAAGAUCUGAUUCAUCAGUUCUUCCCAGCAAUGAGGACAUCUGAAAUAACUGACUAUGACAAGUACAAGAUUCUGAUUGUUCUGGAUGGUUUUGAUGAAUGUCGUUUUGAUCUUAAGUUCAGUGAAACAAAUAAAUUGAGUGAUGUCACAACACCAACCUCAAUAAAUGGUCUGUUGUCAAAUCUCAUCCUGGGAAAUUUGCUCCCUAAUGCUCAAAUCUGGAUCACCUCCCGACCUGCAGCAUCCAACAACAUUCCUCCAGAAAACGUUGAUCGAAUGACAGAAGUGAGAGGAUUUAAUGAUGAGCAAAAGGAAAAGUAUUUCAUGAAGCGAUUCAGUGAUGAGAAUGUGGCUAAAAAGGUCUUGUCAUAUGUGAAGAAAUCAAGAACUCUAAACAUAAUGUGUCACAUCCCUAUUUUCUGUUUCAUCACAUCAAAGGUUUUGGAGGACUUUGUUGAAAGAAAUCAAGAUGAUGAACUGCCAAAAACUCUGACUGACAUGUACACACAUUUCCUUUUGCUCCAGCGCAGACAGACAAAAGUAAAAUAUAAUACAGAUCAAUCAACCUCUGAAACCUCUGGAACGGAGACAUUCUGUGAUAAAACUAUUGAUGAAACAAUCCUAUCUUUGGGAAAACUUGCUUUCAAAGGCCUAGAGGAGAAAAACCUUCUCUUUACUGAAGAAGACUUGACCAAUUGUGGGACUGAUGUAACCAAAGCUGCUGUUUUCUCUGGGUUGUUCACUCAGAUCAAACGAGAAAAUCUCGAGCUGUACCCUCAGAAAUUGUUUUGCUUUGUCCAUCAAAGCAUUCAAGAGUACAUGGCAGCUCUCCAUGUCUUCUACUCAUUUAAUAACAAAGGAGAAAAUGUGUUUGUAGAACCCAGCUCAGCAGCCUCAGAGUUUUAUAAGAAAGCAGUGGACAAGGCUUUUGAGAGUGAACAUGGGGACUGGGACAUGUUCCUUCGGUUCCUAGUGGGUCUCUCUCUGGAAUCUAAUCAGGAUCUACUUCAAGAUCUGAUGGAUAAGACUGAAAAACACAAAGUCACUAGUAAGGAAGCAGCAGAGUACAUCAAAAAGAAGAUCAGAGAGAACAGUGACACAGAGAAAAACCUUAAUCUUUUCUACUGUCUUAAUGAGCUGAAUGACGACAGCCUUGUUAAAGAAAUCAAAAAAUAUCUUAAAUCAGAAGAAAAACAUUUUGAAACUUUCACUGCUUCUCAGUGGUCAGCUUUAACCUUUGUGCUGCUGACAUCAGAUGAAAACCUUGAAGUGUUUGAUCUUAAGAAAUACCUGAAAUCAGAGAAAGUUCUUCUGGGAAUGAUGCCAGUGGUCAAAGUCUCAAACACUACUUUACUGAGUUGGUGUGAGCUCUCUGAAGAAUCUUGCAAAGGUCUGACAUCAUCAGUGCUAACCAAACCAUCCUCAAAUCUCACAGUGUUGGACCUGAGUCAUAAUGAUUUGCUGGAUGCUGGAGUGAAGCGACUUGCUGAUGGAUUGAAACAUGUGAACUGUAAACUAGAGACUCUCAAACUGAGUUGGUGUGAGCUCUCUGAAGAAUCUUGCAAAGGUCUGACAUCAUCAGUGCUAACCAAACCAUCCUCAAAUCUCACAUUGUUGGACCUGAGUCAUAAUGAUUUGCUGGAUGCUGGAGUGAAGCGACUUGCUGAUGGGUUGAAACAUGUGAACUGUAAACUAGAGACUCUCAAGCUGGCAGGAUGUCAGGUGACAGAGAAAGGCUGCAUUUCUCUGGCUGAAGCUAUUGAGUCCAAUAGACUCUCAUCUCUUAAACACUUGGACCUGAGUUACAAUCAUCCUGGAGACAAUGGGAUGAGGGCUCUCAAUGCAAUAGUUGAGGAUCCAAACAAGAAACUUGAGACAGUGAACUUUGACUAUGAAGGAAAACAUCGACUAAAACCUGGUUGGAGUAAAUAUGGUGCAGAUCUUAUGUUUGAUAAGAACUCAGCAAGCAGACGACUUGUUCUGGCUGAAAACAACAAAAAAGUGAAAACUGAUGAUGAUGUCAAGAAGCAGCGAAAUACAAGUGAUGAAAGGUUCAAGAGGACCCAGGUAUUUUGUGAUAAAGGCCUGAACCAACUUUGUUACUGGGAAGUGGAAUGGAAAGGUGUGGUGGGAAUUGCUGUGGCAUAUAAAGAUGUGGGUAGAAGCUGGAACCGUGAUGGUGGUCUGGGAUGCAAUGAGAAGUCCUGGAGUCUGCUCUGCUCCAAGACUGGAUACAAAGCCAUGCAUAAAAACAAAAAAGAAGAAAUCAAAGUCCCUACAUGCAAAAAAAUAGGUGUGUUUCUUGACUGGGAAGGAGGAACUCUAAGUUAUUACAGUAUAUCAUCAGAGAAGCGGAGCUUAAUUCAUACUUUCAAAACAAAAUUCACAGCAGAGCUAUUUCCAGCCUUCUGGUUUGAGAAAGGUUCUGUGACUUUGUGUGACCUGUAGAUUUAUGAGUGCACAAGUUAGAAAGACUGUAAGCACUUAGAGCGAUAUGAAAAGCUGUGUGGCCCCUUCCUGGUUUAAAUUUUUUGCAUAUUUGUUACACUUCAGGGUUUCAGAACAUUAAAAAAAUACAUAUCAGUCAAAGACAACACAGUUAAACGCAAAAUGGAGUUUUAAAAUGCAUGUUUAUUAUUUGGACCCAGUGAGGUCAUCUUUUUGCAAUAUAUUUGUAAUGAAAAGUUUUCAUCACUUCAUAUUCCAGGUAUUCCUCAAAAUACAUGUUAUUGAUAUCAUGCAAUUCAAAUUUUUAAUUUAAUUCUUUUACGCAUUUUAAGAAAUUUUAUGUUUUAUCCGCCUAUGUAUUUUAUAUUUCAUAUACAAGCCUGUUAUUUAAACUAUUUGAUGAAAUCCAGAAUAUUUUUAUUAUAUUUUGUAUUCUGUAUUGAAAACAAAUUUGCUGAUUGAUAAAACUGACAUUUAACUUUUUUCCUUUCCUUAAGAAAACAUGUAUUUAAAAAAAUUUUAAGACGUUUAAUAUAUUUUAUUUAACUUGUUCAGAGAUCAAAACAAUAUUUUUACUAUCUUUUUGUGUUUAAAAUAUUUGAAAAUACAAGCAUGUGCUAUGUGUAGUUAGUAAAUAGCAAUUUUCUACAAGGCACUGUGUAUGUGUGUUUGUGUUUGUGUAUUUUGGAACAAUAACAUUUUCCAGGCGCUGGAUACCUCAAAUAUUUAACUGUCUAAAUGAAAACAUUUUCUAAUCAUGGAAAACUGGAAAGUUGAAUAGUUGGAUCCAGAUAUUGGUAAUAUGACUGAUCUUUGUUCAAGGAGGAACAGAAAAACACUGAAAACAUUUAGUUUUAUACAACAUAAAUCCUUUACUAUGUGUUUGAUCUAAAAAAUUUUGGAUUUGGUAAUAAAUCAAUACAUUUUCUUUUUAAUGUUGCAUUAUGGAGCUACGGGUACACGUUAACAAAAAUAGUCUUUUUUUGUGUGGAACAUUCUGAUAUUAAAUUUUUUUGUGUGCAUUGUUCUUAUAUUGUUUGUACUGUCUGGGAUUCCAGUCAAGUUUCUGUAAUGCAUCUGCUGUGCCAGCAGGGGGUAACUAUAUUGAGAUUGACCAUGUCACAAUUCAAGAGAAGAAGAGCCUAAGUUUGGAUCAAGCUGCACGAUUCUUUCAUAGCUGAAGAAUUUUACAGGCAUCAAUGUUCAUAAUCUGUUAAAAAAUGUGUUAAUAAUGUGUAAUUUUUUGUGCAUUUGAUAGUUAAUGGAAUUUCUUUACACAAAGCAUUGCGAGUUGGAUUUAGUUGCCAAAAUGAACUGUGCUUUUAAAAUAAAUAUAUUUUGUUAAAACAGA